AUGGAGUCGAUAUCCCAUUCCCGCAGCAACUCCGGCGGCUUUCGGUCUCGCCGGUCCUAUGGCAACCUCCAACACAUUUCACUGGCUCCAUUGACGAGCAGAUUCCCCCUAGAUGACGAUAACGACGAUGAGUACGGCGUGGCGUCGAAACGAGAAGGCGACCGCCUACCAACUACAUCCUACUAUUCCACCACAUCCGUACCGGCGACACCUCCGGUGCUCUCUGAUUCGCGCACCGCAUCAUCUACAAACUUGACCAGACUACUCAAACCGUCGAAGACGGCGCCUUUGAGCGAUACAGGGCUGGAUUUGCUGAACGUCCAACGACCCGCGCACCAUCGUCACCACCAGAGAACACAGAGCCACAACCCCCGACACGGCCUGCCGCGCGCGCGGACUGCUCACGACGAUAAUGAAUGGCUACUCCGGGCCGGGCUCGCGCUUGCGACCUCGACGCGAGAAGAGAAGGGCCAGAGCUGGCUCGUGAAACGCGAGAGCUCGACGAACCUCAUCGCAGACAUCAACCAGGAGCCCAGCCGCAGCAGCAGGCCCCAUGCCUCGCGCAGCCAAAUGGCACGGCGGUACCGCUCUGGCAUCUCCACCCCUAUCGACCUCUCCCGGCGCGGCUCCAAAUCCCAGCUUCCCAGCCCGCGCAGCAGCCGCGCCUCAUUCAUGGCCGCCACUGACGGCGCCCUGGACUUCCGCAGCGGCUUCGCCACGCCCGCCGCCUACGACCACGCCGACUACAUGCCGGACUUCGUGGACCACGCGGUCCGCGCGGAAAUGAAAUCGAUCAUGGCCAUGAGUCGCAGCUCGCCACACUUCACGCAGGUCCGCAACGGCGGUAACCAUGCAGAGAAUGAUGAUGAUAACGACGACGAGGAGGAUGCCGCGGACUACAACGCGCGCUGGUCGGCGGGCUUCGAUCCGCGCCUGCACGCCGCGGACGGCGAGUAUUCCGGCUCGGAAUCGUCCGACGACGAGAGUGAGUUCGGCGAGAUGGAGAUGCAGCGUCUGACGCGCGAGCAGGGCUUCGGGCUGGGCCUCUGGGUCGACCGGCUGGUCGAGUGGACGCUGUUCAACGUCGAAGAGGAGAGUUCCACGGUGGCCGACGUGCAUUGGACGGACGACCACCACGACGCCGCCGCUGCGCUGGCUGCUGGCACACCGGCUGCGAAGAGCGUCACGAUCGCCCCCGUGGAAGACAACGACGACCCCCACCACCACUGGCAAUCUGACGCCGACACAGACGCGCAGAGCACGGGCGCGCCGGACGACGAUGGGUGUCUGGCGGCGGUCGACCCUCCCCCGCCCGGCGAGCUCGCCGGAGGCUGGGCCGAUGUGAAGUGGUUGUUGCGUGCGGCCAGGAAUGCCCUCUGA